GUCUUCUUCUCUAUCACAUAGGUUAUGCCAUAUAGAAUUAAUUUCUUGGCUGGAGCUGGCGUUUUAUUCGAUGUUUAGCCGAUGUCUACGAUAACAUAAUGCAUUUGCCGCUAUAGUAUUGGUAGUCGAGUUUGGUGUUUGGUUGUAUUAUAGAGAAGCUGGUAUGGGGCAACAAAACUCCAAGUCGUCGAAUAAGAAAGGUGUACCAUCUGUAAAGGAGGAGCCGGGGAACAAAGAUAUUAAAUAUUCAAAGUUGAAUGCUCCAUCUGAAAAAAGUUCAGUAGAGGAUCAUCCGAACGAGGAAGUUUCAGCAGAAGCACCUAAAGUCCUGACUCAUUCACAGCUGAAAGAAAUAAAGCCUGUAGUAGUUCUCAAAUUAGGCCGUUCAAAGUUGGAAGAAGCUUGUCAGACGAAUAAGCCCGUAGCCCCACGUGAUGCCCAUACAAGGGAGCAGCCAGUAGCCCCUCCCCGUGGAUGUGCUGCUGCGAAGCUGGUUGAUCCCGUGAUGAAAGAAGAAGUUACUGAUCCUAAAGAUGCAGGUAUAUCUGAAGUAGUGCCAGCAAAUGACUUGAACCAUUUAGAAGAAAUUAGUCCUAACGAUGGUACACCUGAAAUAGUGCCAGCAAAUGACUUGAACCAUCUAGUAGAAGUUAGUCCUAAAAAAGUAACUUUUGAAGUAGAACAUGACUUUGACCACCAAGAAGAAGUUUGUCCUAAAGAUGUAACACCUAAAAUAGUGCCAGUACCUGACUUGGACCAUUCAAAGGUUAAAAAAGUUUCUCCUAAGAAGGUUACGUUUGAAGUAGUGCAUGACAUUGACCUGCAUCCGAGACUAGAAGAAGUUGCCGAAGUUAAAUAUGCCACAGUUGAAUUCGGAGAGACGGGGAGUUUCAAUCCGGGAGUUUCAAAGUCUACUCAACACUCCCCAAGUUGCUCGGAGAGUACUUUCACCACGGACAAGUUAGCAGAAACCCACGACCUCGGAGAAGAUAACCAGAAAGGUCUAAUCUUCAAGAACCCCACCACAGACUCGCCCACUUACACACCCCAGACAAACGGGAGUAUCCCCCACCUGGAACACAACAAGUCACGUGACCUCCACACGCCCCCUACUGCUGUGGUUACUCUGGAAACGGUUCAGAUAGAACUCUGUGAAACUGAGAGUGAGACGAAACAGUGCUCGGAUACUGACGACAUGCUUACUACGGCUGCAAGGAACAUAGUAGAAGAUGCGAUACAGCAAGCUAUAGCAUCGGAAGUUGUAUCAUUGGUAAUUUGCCGGACGCUAGGAUUUUUACUGGUCGAGAGAGCAACGACCAACGCUCAACGCCUUUAUAUGUAUCCUGAGUCAGUUUAGCUUUCUUCAAACACAAGGAAACUUUGUGUAGAUGCAACAUAUGGAUGAUAGGAGAGAUCUUAUAUUUGACGAGCAGCGUUACUAAUUAGCGUUACUAAUUAGCGAUCAUUUGAAGCGAACAUUAUGAAAAAUGUCAGACAACUGGUGAAAGUACUGAUUAAUCUAAAUAGUCUUGUCUUUGAUAUUAUAUAACAAGCAUAUGGCCGAUUCAAAGUCGGACUGCUGAACAAAUUUAAUAUAGAGUAAAAAUUAAUUUUUUCUCGAUGUGAUAAGAUCAGAAAUUGUUCAUGAUAACCAACAAGCAUUCCAUUUAGGUUUUAUUGACUUUUGAAUAAUUCAUAUAUUUCACAAAUCGUCCGAAUUAUUCACUUUUAUGUUUUAAGCGUGUUUUAUUAAAGUCACAUUUUCGACCUAUUC